UGGAUAAUGGAAGUGAGGCACAUUCGAAGUCAAUGAGGAGACGACACUAAAAAUUUCCAAUGUUCCAUCAAUAUCCUAAGGCGAGUUUCAAAGGCGAUGAACAUCUGACCUUGAACGCAAGCGUCUAAAUGUCAGGGAAACGCCAACUAGGUCCUCUUGACCAGCGCAGAAAGGUCAUACGCUGCGAAGCUUGCGCUGCGCGAAAAACAAGGUGUGCAGGUGGAUAUCCCUGCGAAGCGUGCGUUCGCAUGGGCAAGACUUGCCGAAAACAGAGCAAUGAAUUUUCAAAGGCAAUCUUUGUCUUGUACACAGGGAACGAGGGAACAUCAAUCCCAGCACAGGUGAUGGAGAAUAAGGAGACCACGUAUGUGGAUUACUUUUUUGCCUUUUUAGGUCGCAAUCACCUUGGCUAUCGUACAGAAGUGAUACUCGAGGUGCUCCUGGCAGCAGUGAACAAUUCCACGCUAUUACACUCUGUAGUCAGCGCUAUAGGUGCUCUGGAUGCUUCACGUCAUGGCGCCUGCAGUACUUACACAAAGGCCGCAAAUCCUCGGACUAUAGCGUACAAGUCAUACUCCUGUUCGAUAGAAUCAUUGAAAUCAGCAUUGAUGGCUUCAGGGGUUUCUCAACGAGACGACGUGCUUUGGGCAACCUUUUUUCUUGGGAUAUUUGAGCUUAUGGUCGAUCCAUCUGGAGACGGAUGGGCGAAACAUAUGUUAUAUGGUACAUCUCGGCUGUUGCAGGCGGCAGGGCCAAAUCAAGCGUAUUCCCAUUCACGAAAGGCAUUUCUCGAAAUCUUCAAGAUAUUUGAGGCAAACCGUGCAGUCCUUUAUGGUGAAAGCACCAUGCUAUCUUGCUUUGAGUGGGCCCCGACUUAUCACAUGGACUGCCAUACUACCUUACCUGAUUGGGAUAGUCUUGGACCAAUCUCAUCAAUAUUGGUCCGAAUAUCCACCUUCAAUAACCGAUUCUAUGAUCACCUCCCACGCGUUACCAGGUUUGAUAUAUCUGAUCCAAUUUUAAAUCAACUCGGCCUUGAGGCCGAGGAGAUCCAGAACGAUAUAUUCGACUUGUAUGGCAAAAUCACACACGCGAGUCUCAAGAAUUCACCAAAUAUUCAUUUCCGCCAAACCUUGCCAUACUACCACGCCAUGUUGAUUUUUCUUUUUAACACUUUUGAUUAUUAUCGCUGCUGGCAUCUAGCUCAUUCCCCAUACCUUUCACCGAAUGAAAUAAGCCGCCAUGUGGACCAGAUCCUCCGUCAAGCUGGAAUCAUACUCGAUUCAGGUGGAUCUGGUCUACUAUUGAUUUUUCCACUUCGGGUCGCUGGGACACGUGCUGGGACCGAUGUUCAGAGAUCUACUGUUCUGACUCUGUUGGAUUGUAUCUUCAAACGUGGAUUUAUUGUCGCAAGCAGGAUCAAAGAUGAUCUUGAUCAACUUUGGGAUUGGCAAGGGGGAUCAGACUUUCUGCCGGUAGGAUUAGAAUAGAAAAAUUAGAGCAUUGUGCCAAGCAGCG